AUGGGUUCGCCGAUUUCGGGACUCAUAGCCGAGGCGGUCCUACACCGGCUGGAGUCGCUGGUUUUCCGACACCACCGACCGAAAUUUUGGGCUCGGUAUGUGGAUGACACCUUCGUCGUCAUCGAACGGGAUCAGGUGCUGACGUUCAAAAAACAACUCAACGCCGUCUUCCCGGACAUUCAAUUUACGAUGGAGGAGGAGGAAAACAAUCAGCUGGCCUUCCUGGAUGUCCUCGUCUGCCGCAAAGAUUGUGGUGGCCUAAAAACCAAAGUGUUCAGGAAAGCGACAAAUACGACGCAAAUACUGAACUUCAAUAGCAACCACCCGAUCAGUCAAAAACGCAGUUGUGUAAGGGCACUAUACUGGUGCGUUGAGACGCUCUGCAGUGAAAUGGAAGACAAGGUUGCUGAAUUACAAUAUCUUCGACGGGUAAUGAGAGCCAAUGGUUACCCGCGCAACUUUGUCAACCAGUGCAUACGAAAAGGACACCAGAGACCAAAUCCAACAGUCCCCAAAUUUUGGCGGGCUCUUCCGUGCGUGAAGAACGUCUCGGAAGCCGUCAGUCGUCUUCUCACUCCAUUUGGAGUUGGGGUUGCACACAGGCCGGAAGCAACCAUUAGACGCCAAAUCAUGAGGCCAAAAAGACCCGCUGCCACGGCAGGACACGUCUGGAGUCAUUUACCGGAUCUGGUGUAG